AUGGCUGAAUUGAAGGCAAGUGAAGCUUGGAUCGACUCUAUUGGGAAGUCUGCAGACACGAAUCCCCAGGGACUGAAGACACAAGAGCAAUAUUACGCAGACACCGAGAUUCAAGAGCACCAGCAUGUCCUCGACACCGAAGACGCUCGUGAUGCUGAACGCAAAUAUAUGAAGAAAUUGAACCUCAUCGUUUUGCCCACAAUCUCGGCCUUGUAUUUCUUCGAAUAUUUGGACAGAGGCAAUAUAGCAAAUGCCAAACUGUUGGGCAUUGAUAAAGGCCAUGACACUCUAGACAACGGUGUUGGCCCGGGAACCCAGGAACUGUCCUCGACGCAGUGGCAAACGGUGAUCAUGAUCUUCUACGUUGGCCUCAUUCUAUUCCAGGUUCCCGGUUGUAUCGGUUACCGGAUCUUUCCACCUUCUAAGUGGAUCGCUUUUGGAGUCUGCGGCUGGUGCGCAGUCUGCGUGCUCCAAACAGUGGCGUUGAAUUGGGCCACUUUGCUCGUUUGUCGAGUAUUCCUUGGUGUUUUCGAGGGACUUUUCGGUACCGGAAUCGUCUACUACCUGAGCAUUUGGUACCACCGUGAUGAACUCGCGUUUGGCGGAUUGAUCGCUUUCGGCAUCGGGCAUAUUCAGUCCAACGUUCAGCAAUGGAAACUUCUUUUCCUAAUUGAGGGGAUCCCCGGUUUCUGCCUUGGUCUUUUCUGCCUCUAUUGGCUACCUGAUCGGCCGACGAAGAAUUCCAGAUUCACAGGCAUGAUGCAGAAGGUUGCACUUGCUCGGUAUUGGAGGGAGACCACGGACCAAAAUCCUGGUAUCAGCAAGAAGCAUUUUGUGCUAGCUCUGACCGAUUGGAGACUUUAUGUCCAAGCUGCAAUAUAUGUCCCUACGGCCGCAUUGUUGUCUUCGAUCUCGGGGUUUCUGCCGUCAAUAGUCAGAAGCCUGGGAUACAAGGCUACAACUUCCGCAAACCUGAUGACUGUUCCACCAUAUGCAUGUGCGUUUGCUUUGAUGUAUGUCACAUCAUGGCUCUCGGACCGAUAUCGCAGCCGAGGAAUUCCGAUCUUCAUUCUUUCCUGUACUGCAGCUGUGAUGUAUGCUUGUCUUGCGAAUUUGGACAACGAUCAUUUAUCUGCAAAAUAUGGCUGUAUGUGCAUCGCUGUCGCAUGUGUCUACGCAACCUAUCCCCCAAGUCAUGCUUGGGCUGCGAACAAUUUUGGCAACGAAACCAAAAGAGCUGUUGGAAUGGGCGCGUAUACUGCGAUGGGGAAUCUAGGCUCAAUUGCGGGCUCGUUCUUUUAUCCCUCUACCGAUGCGCCGCAGUAUCGGAAGGGACAUUAUCUGUGUUUUGCAAUGUCGAUUGCAACCGCAGCCAUAACAUUGGCAAACACCAUGACUCUGCACCGGAUUAACCGUCAACGCGAUCAACAAUACGGCACACCGCAGAAAGGGCAGUCUAUCGAUGUUUCAGAAGACGCCGACGCCAACCCAAUGUUCCGCUACAUGAUCUAA